AUGUUCACAACACGUAUUGCUUUGGCUUCGUUACUCAAGAAAUUUUUCAGACAAAUGAUUUCACCCUUAGGUGAUGUGAAUUCUCCACCACUUACUUUUUCUUUGAUUUUAUUAUUACCAAACAUUCGCACUGCAAAUAUAUUAGGUUUCUUUCCAGCUCCAAUAAAAUCACAUUUGCUUAUACACUGUGCUAUUGCCGAGACAUUGGCGGAAAGAGGCCACAAUGUAACAGUAGUCGCCACCUUACCCAAUGUACACAAAAAUUCAAAAAUCAACUAUAUUCAUAUCGAUAUAUCAGUGAAUGAAGCAGUUUUAAGUGAUAUGAUUAACCAAUCCAAAUCUAACUUGCACAAGAUGACUUCCUGGAUGGAUGAAAAUAUACAGCAGUGUGAAUCAUUAAUAACACAUCAUAAACUACAACAAUUCCUCAACAAUCAUAACUCAACAUUUUUUGAUUUGGUGAUAUUUGGCUAUCGAUUAAAUGAUGUUUUACUGGGCGUUGCUGCUCACUUUAAAUGCCCAAUUAUAAUAUCAACAGUUGUACAGCCUAUAUUUCCACUUCAAUCUAUGAUUGGCAACCCACAUGAGAUUUCAUAUGUGCCAUCAUUUUUUACUGGCCUAUCACAGCCCAUGAGUUUCAAAGCACGUUUAAGAAAUUUUUAUGCAUCGACGUUUGGUCAUACCCUUAUGAAUUAUGCGCUAGAGACCCGUUUUGAAAAAUUUUACAGAUUGCAUUUUCCUGCACACCAACAUCCAUCAUUAAAUGAUAUAAGAAAAAAUAUAUCUCUUUUAUUUACCAAUCAUCACUUUAGUCAGGGACCAAUAAGACCAAAUGUACCGGCUGUAAUUGAAAUUGGUGGUAUACAAAUAAAAGAAAAACCAAAUCCGCUACCUGUUGAUAUAAAAGAUAUUUUAGAUAAUAGUGAAAAUGGAGUAAUAUAUUUUUGUCUUGGUUCAAAUGUGAAACCUUCACAUGUUACUGAAAAUACUGCAAAAAUCAUGUUCGGAGUACUCUCCCACUUACAUUAUGAUGUUUUGUGGAAGUGGGAAAAUGCCAAAGUACCUGGUAUUGCGAAAAAUAUUUACUUUAGUAGUUGGUUACCUCAAGACGAUAUAUUAGCUCAUCCCAAUGUUAAACUAUUUAUAACACAUGCUGGUCAAGGAAGUAUUGCGGAAUCAUUGUAUCAUGGAGUACCUAUGAUUUGCAUACCAUUUUUUGGUGAUCAACUACAAAAUGCUCGUUAUGUUAAACGUUCUGGAUAUGGUUUAUAUAUGGAUCAUACAAACAUUACAUCGAAUGAUUUCAAGAAUACAAUAACAGAAGUAGUUUUGAAUUCGAAAUAUAUUGAAGCUGUCAAACGUUUCUCUGUGCUUUAUCGCGACAGACCUAUGACACCACGUCAGACAGCAGUUUACUGGGUAGAAUAUGUACUGCGACAUAAGGGAGCUACACAUUUACAAUCCCCUGCAGUACAUUCAAAUGUUUGGCAACUGCUCUCGUUAGAUGUUAUAUUAUUUUUAUUAUUGAUUUUAAUUUUAAUAAGCAUAGUAAUUGUUAAGCUGGUUAAAUUAGUUAUAAACAAAUUAAAGAAGAAGAAACUUAAAUUAGACUAA